AGGGAAAAUGAUCCCUGCAGAACUCGAGAAAGCCAUAGUGGCCGCCAAAAUUGACGGUGCUGUCCCGUUCUUCGUGAACGCUACCGGCGGCACUACUGUCUAUGGUGCUUACGACCCCAUUGAUGAGAUCGCCGAUGUCUGUGAAAAACAUAACAUUUGGCUUCACGUUGAUUGCGCAUGGGGCGGCGGUGUAUUGGUGUCUAGCAAACACAAACAUCUGGUGAAGGGGAUCCACAGAGCCGAUUCUGUGACAUGGAACCCACAUAAGAUGUUGGGCGUUACUCUGCAGUGCUCGGCAAUUCUGUUGAAACACAAGGAUCUUCUGGCACACUGUAACUCCAUGUGCGCGGACUACCUGUUUCAGCAGGACAAGAACUAUGACGUCAGCUAUGACACAGGUGACAAGGCGAUCCAAUGUGGACGGCACAACGACAUCUUCAAGUUCUGGCUCAUGUGGAGAGCGAAGGGAGACGCUGGUCUUGAAAGCCAUAUUAACAGGUUGUUUGAUCUGAAAAGAUACAUGCUUGAUAGGCUUGCCGCAAGAGAAGGCUUUGAAAUGGUUCUAGAAGAGCCUGAGUGUACGAACAUCUGCUUCUGGUAUGUGCCCAGGUCCAUGAGAAAGAUGGCCCCCGGGCCAGACAGAGACUACAAACUUAACCUGGUGGCUCCACGUGUAAAGGGUCUGAUGAUGGAGGCGGGAACUACUAUGAUUGGCUACCAACCUCACGGGAAUCAGCCCAACUUCUUCCGCAUGAUAAUCUCCAACAACGCCUCCACCAAGUCCGAUAUAGAUUUCCUGCUGGACGAAAUAGAACGUCUUGGCGAAGAAGCCUCUUCCGAAAUUUAAGACUGAUCCUAAUCUAAGUGUGUCUUUGACAUAUUUAGUUCUAUGGAUUGCAAACUGGA